UUAUCCGCCCGUUUCCAAAGUGAUCCUCUCGUCCCGCGUCGCGUAAUCCAUUUGAUCAUGUUCGUGCAAGCGCCGGCUUUGUUGGUCCAGCAGAGAUCAGAAAAUUCAGAGGAAGAAAGUGACGAGGAGAGCACUGGCGAUGUCCUUCAGAAACGCCGAGAAGAAUGCGAAAGAAAAGCGAGGCGAGGGGAGAUGGAUCCCCGGCUAGAAUUCGCUUUCCAGCUUUUAAUGGACGCGACACAAUUGUCCCGUCACGAGGUUAUGGAUCACGUUUUCGAGGGAGACAUGCUCGACGAAAUCAAUCAACUGUUCCUGCCGCACAUGAGGUCAACCCUCGUCUGGUAUUAUCAAGAGGUGGAGGAAGCGGAAUCCGUACGACCACCGGAAAUUAUGCAGACAAAAGCUUCGAAUGCCAGAUCUGGCCCGAAUGCUCCAGCGCCGAAGAUUAAAGAGACAAAAGAAGCCAAAGAACCGGCGAGGAAGAAACUUUUCUUGACGGACGGAUGGCAAGUCCCUUGUACUGGAAUAUGUAUCUACAUGUUUAGAAUCAGCGUGUCGAAACAGUUGCCCGAGGAAGGCUUCCAAAAGGAUCUUUACACGGGCGUGAUAGACACGAAGAAGGUGGGAAUAGUAACAGCGAUACAACGAGUGGUUGAACAUGUCUUUAUGGACGCUCUUGCGCAUCCAGGCUCCGAAGGCGAAGACGACUGUCCGAUGAUUAAAUGUCUUUUGCUGCCUGGCUUGAGAUCUUUCUGCAGUGCUUUGAAAGUUUGCGAACAGGUGGCCCACGAGGGACGCAUAUUCGAGAACGGUGAGAUGCUGAUGGGCUGUGUGCACAACUUCGAGGAAGCGAAGGCGUUCGUGGCAAAGGAGAACGCCGUGAGUACCGUUGAGGAGAGGGUUGAAAGCUGGAUCAAAAGGCUGAAGGACUUCAUGGCGGAAAGUAAGCAGGUGAAACGGGAGAACGACAAUUCUGGGCCGCAGCAGGAGCUCGAGUAUUGGAAGCGAAGAGGGGCACAGUUCAGUCAACUCGUCGAUAAACUUCAGGACCAUGAGAUACAAAUGUCGUUGCUGUGUCUUCAAGUCGCACGCUCCAAGUUGAUCAAGGACUGGGUCGACGCCGAAGACGAGGUCACUUAUUGUUACAACGAAGCCAAGGACAACGCCAAGUUCAUCCAGGCUUUGGAAAAGUGCUGUCACUGUUUGUACCUGGACGAUCCGGUAAAAAUGCGGGAUUCUCUGGUGUCAUUGUUGCAAACGGUUCGCUUGAUAUACAGCGUGUCGAGAUAUUACAACACCUCGGAGCGAACCAGCUCGUUAAUGAUAAAGAUCACGAACCAAAUGAUCGUGGCUUGCAGGGAGUACGUCACCAAUCGAGGCCGCGAAACAGUCUGGGGUCAAGAUCGAGCAGCAGCCCGAUCGAAGCUGAAGCAUUGCUUAAGACUGAACAAGGCUUACAGGGAAACCUACAGGCUGGUCCGAUGCUCGCCGGCUGUCACCGAACAGGAGUUCUCGUUCUCGGAAACCCACGUGUUCGGAAGAUUCGACUCGUUCUGCGACAGGAUCAGAAAGAUUUUGACCAUGUUCGAACUGAUACAGGACUACAAGAACUUAUUCGAGAGGCGAAUGGAAGGCCUACUGUUGGGAGAAGCGUUGGACGAGGCGAUAAGAACUUUCGAGGAAGCUGAGAAAAUAGCUACCACCAAAUCCUACGACUAUUUGGAUGCGAGAAAUACAGUGUUCGACACUGACUACGAUGACUUCAUCGCCAAGACCGACGCUCUGAAACAGAAUAUCGGCAGCAUCAUCGUGAAAAAUUAUGCUGACGUUUGGGAAACGCCUCAGGGUAUACGAUUUUUAACACGGUUCGAAAAAGUUAGCGAAAAGAUACCACUAACGAAGCUUGACGAAAAAUAUAAUAUAGUGGUGAAAUACUGCGACAGAGAGAUAGACAGAAUAUUAAAAUUAUUUAAAAGACAACGGGAUGAUCCGCCAUUGCCUAGACACAUGCCAGCGAUCGCAGGAAGAUUAACCUGGAAUCAUUCACUGAAAGUUCAUCUUGACGAGCUGGCAGCAUCGGUAUUCAGUCACCCGGUGCUAAAAACUCUGCCAUUGACGGUAGAAUUGGAAAAACGAUAUAAUCACGCGAUCAGUGUUUUGAACCAAUACAAAUCGGACAUCGCCGAAAUCUGGACGCAUCAAAACUCCUGGAUAAUCGAAGAUUCGUUGAAACGAUUUUUGCUGGUGAUAGACGAGAAAACGGACAAAAUUAAAGUAAACUUGGACGGACGCGUUUCGCUUUUACUUCGCGAAGCCGACUGUCUAGCCAAGUUGAACCUGGAAAUCCCGGUCGUGGCGUUGACGCUUCUAGCAAAAAAGGAUCAUUUCAUUCUAAUCACGGACUCCCUCCAAUUGAUGAUCGAUAAUUUCGUGUCGACGGCGAGGCGAGUGAAACUGGAAGUCAGGCCGCUUUUGCUGCCGCAUUUGGUUCGCGUCGGAACUUUGCUGGAACCUGGAAUAGUCUCCUUGACCUGGACCAAUCCGGAAUGGCAGGAUUUUUAUCAGAACACGACGGAGCAGAUCAAGGAUUUUGAUAUUCUAAUCACGAGAGUUCAUGACGUGUACGAUAACAGGAUUCUAGAGGUUCUAUCAAGUAUGCAAAAGAUCACGUUGCACAUGCUACCAGAGUCCGAUCAGCCGUGGACGAUAGAGGAGUUUGUGGAGAAGACUGAGGAAAUAUGCAGACUCGCAGCAGUAGAUUUAUAUCGCAAAAGUAUGAUGGUGGAAGAGGCCGUGGAGGAAGUACUCGAUCUCGUUAAGAACGCCGCGGAGAACUUCAAAAGCGCCGCUAAUUCCAGUCAAUACGAUUUUUUCAACAACGAAGAGACCGUGGAAGACGUUGACCAAACUGUUCAGCACGACUGGUCAUUAGUCUGGAAUUUAUUCGACGAUCCCCAUCAACUGUUGACUACGCCCGGUAGUUUGCCGAAGGGUAUGCAGGACAUGGUGCGAAACGCGGUGUCCGAGAUGAGGCGAUAUUAUACGAGAAAAGUGGUGGACGUUCUUACGAAGGUUACCCGGAGCUCGUUGGACGCUAUUAGAAAGCGUUUCAUUCGGGUGAUCGAUCCAGAACAGACACCGAGCCCGAUAUUUCUGCUACAUGCAACCUUGAUGAUACCGGUGGUAACUGUGAAGCCCAGUUUAGACGAUGUCCAAGAAGUACUGACGCUGGUCGGAAAAACAAUCGCCGGCGUCUCGAAAGGAGUUUCGCAGUGGAAUUCGCGGGUUAAUAAGAACUCUUGGGGGACCGCGUAUCCGAGGAAAAGCUUCGCCGAUAUAGUGAUGCGAGCACAAAUGCAAGUCGCGAAGAAGAAGCAAGAGGAACCGGAGGAUCCGAAAACUAGAAGACGACGUUUGUACAAAAUUAUCUCCGAGGAGAGACCGAUCUUCCCUGUUCAGGAAACCAACUUCUACGGGAUGUUGAUGGACAAUAAGGAAAUACUGAAGCUGUUGUCAAUGCUGAGCACGUGCAUGCUGGAAUUCAAGCCGGAUCUCGUCGAGUUUAUUAACCGAUGGAAACCUUAUAAAUUUUUGUGGAAGAACGAACGAAGCAUGAGAGAAUUAUUGCAAAUUUCCUUGCCGGAAUUCGAAGCCACGCUUCGGAAGCACAGUGAACUCGAGGACCUUUUAGCUACCGAACCGGACAUGAUCAUUUUCGGAACCUCCAUUGCAAUUUCUACUGAGAAAUUGAAAUAUGGCCUGUACACAGAGCUCAAAGCGUGCACACAUAAGAUCGGCCAAGCUAUGAAGAAAAAAUACAGACGGGAGAUGGAGUACGUUUAUGCUCUGAUGAAUGAAAUGGAGCGUAAACUAGACCGACAGAUCCGCGACCUCGACGACGUGCGUCUCAUCAUGGACACCCUGAAGAAGAUCCGCGAACAGGAAGUGGACAUGGAGCUGAAGAUCGAUCCGAUCGAAGAAGCUUUCAACAUAGUGACGAGAUACGAGGUACCGGUUGACCAAGAGUGUCUGGAACAAGUCGACAGCCUGCGGUACACGUGGCAGAGGUUGCUCACGCGGGCGCAAGAGAGUCACGUGUUGCUGUUGAAGCUGCAACCGCAGUUCGAAGAGGACCUAAGAAACAAUCUGACUAAAUUCCGACUGGACAACGAAAUGUACUGCGAGGAAUACAGAUCCUCGGGACCGAUGCAGUCGGGUUUGAGUCCGCGGGAAGCGUCCGAUAGGCAGAUCCUCUUCCAGAAUCGAUUCGACGGGAUGUGGAGGAAGUUGCAAACUUAUCAAAGCGGCGAAGAACUGUUCGGUCUGCCUAUCACGGAUUACCCGGAGUUGUCGCAGAUCAGGAAGGAGCUGAACUUGCUGCAGAAAUUGUACAAACUGUACAAUGACGUGAUCGAUAGGGUUAACAGCUACUACGAUAUCCCGUGGGGCGAGGUGAACAUCGAGGACAUAAACAACGAGCUGAUGGAAUUCCAAAACCGUUGCCGCAAGCUCCCGAAGGGUCUGAAAGAGUGGCCGGCGUUCUUCGCCCUGAAGAAGACCAUCGACGACUUCAACGACAUGUGUCCCCUUCUGGAGCUAAUGGCUAACAAAGCCAUGAAGCCCCGCCACUGGCACCGAAUCGUGGAGGUGACAGGCUACUCGUUCGAUCUCGAAAGCGAGGGAUUCUGUCUGAAGAACAUCCUCGAGGCGCCAUUGUUGAAGUACAAGGAGGACAUCGAGGACAUUUGCAUAUCGGCGAUGAAGGAAAAGGACAUCGAGGCGAAACUGCGGACGGUCGUGAACGAGUGGUCGUCCCACGAGCUGACGUUCAUGACGUUCAACAACAGGGGCGAGUUGUUGCUGAGAGGCGACACCACGGCCGAGACGAUCGGUCAGCUCGAGGACAGCCUGAUGGUUCUCGGCUCGUUGAUGUCGAACCGGUACAACGCGCCGUUCCGCAAACAGAUACAACAGUGGCUGUCGGAUCUGUCGAAUACGAACGAGAUCUUGGAGAGGUGGCUGCUGGUGCAGAAUAUGUGGGUCUACCUGGAGGCGGUGUUCGUCGGCGGCGACAUCGCGAAGCAGCUGCCGAAAGAGGCGAAAAGAUUUAGCAAAAUCGAUAAAAGCUGGCAGAAGAUCAUGCAGAGAGCUCACGAGACCCCGGGCGUGGUACCUUGCUGCGUGGGGGAUGAUUUGCUGAAACAACUUUUACCUCACCUACAAGAGCAAUUGGAGUUGUGCCAGAAGUCUCUAAGCGGAUAUUUGGAGAAGAAACGUAUGAUGUUCCCAAGAUUCUUCUUCGUUUCGGAUCCCGCCUUGUUGGAAAUCCUUGGUCAGGCAUCCGAUUCGCACACGAUACAAAAUCAUCUGCUCUCCAUAUUCGACAACACGCGUUAUGUCAAGUUUCACGACAUCGAGUAUAACAAGAUGACCGCCAUCAUAUCGUCCGAAGGUGAAACUAUCUUGCUCGAAAAGGCGGUAAGAGCGGAAGGUUCUGUGGAAACAUGGCUGACGCAGCUUUUGCAGACAUCUCAACAAUCUCUGCACUCCAUCAUCCGACAGUGUUACUCCAUGAUCAACGACGCGAACUUCAACUUCCUCGGUUUCCUGGACAAGAUGCCCGCUCAAAUCGGUCUGCUGGGCAUACAGAUGAUCUGGACCAGGGACAGCGAAAUGGCUUUGGCUCAAGCACGCGCGGACAAAAAAAUCAUGCAGGAAACGAACAACCGAUUCCUCGAUGUAUUGAACACUUUGAUCGAUCAGACUACCAGAGAUCUGUCGAAAAUCGAGCGAACUAAAUUUGAAACGUUGAUUACCAUUCACGUGCAUCAACGUGAUAUAUUCGACAUACUGUGCCGUUUAAACGUGCGGUCGAUAAACGAUUUCGAAUGGCUGAAGCAAUGCAGAUUUUACUUCAAGGAAGAUCUUGAUAAAACGUCGAUAUGCAUAACGGACGUAAACUUCACGUACCAAAACGAAUAUCUGGGUUGCACGGAACGGCUCGUUAUCACACCUUUAACUGACAGGUGUUACAUAACGUUGGCGCAAGCUUUAUCGAUGUCAAUGGGCGGCUCGCCCUGUGGUCCAGCUGGAACCGGAAAAACGGAGACUGUCAAGGAUAUGGGGAAAACAUUGGCGAAAUACGUGGUGGUUUUCAACUGUUCCGAUCAAAUGGAUUACAGGGGAUUAGGACGAAUUUACAAGGGCUUAGCACAAAGUGGUUCCUGGGGUUGUUUCGAUGAAUUCAAUAGAAUCGAGCUACCGGUUCUCUCCGUUGCCGCUCAACAGGUCGCCGUUGUUCUCGCCGCGAAGAAAGAGAAGAAAAAGCAAUUCGUCUUCACCGACGGCGAUCUGAUAGACAUGUGUCCCGAGCUUGGGAUUUUCAUAACUAUGAAUCCUGGCUAUGCAGGCAGGAAAGAAUUGCCGGAGAAUCUGAAAAUACAGUUUCGAACGGUCGCCAUGAUGGUGCCCGACAGACAAAUCAUCAUCCGAGUAAAGCUCGCAAGUUGCGGUUUUCUGGAGAACAUUACUCUGGCCCGGAAAUUUUACACCUUGUACAAACUGUGCGAAGAGCAACUUACCAAACAAGUUCAUUACGAUUUUGGUCUAAGAAACAUAUUGUCAGUGUUGAGAACUCUGGGAGCAUCAAAACGAGUGAACUCAAAAGACUCCGAAAGUACGAUUGUUAUGCGAGUGUUGCGGGACAUGAAUCUUUCCAAACUCAUAGACGAGGAUGAACCACUGUUCAUCUCUCUGGUAGCAGAUCUGUUUCCGAAUCAAGCUCUAGAAAAGACUUCUUAUCCGGAAUUAGAAGAGGCGAUCAACCAACAAGUUGAAGAAGCUGGAUUAAUCUAUCAUCCACCCUGGGUGCUAAAAUUAAUACAAUUAUACGAAACUCAGAGGGUGAGGCACGGUAUAAUGACGCUGGGCCCAACCGGUGCUGGGAAAACAAUGUGUAUACAAAUUCUGAUGAAAGCUUUAACGCAGUGUGGCGACGUACACAGAGAAAUGAGGAUGAAUCCGAAAAGCAUAACAGCAGCUCAAAUGUUUGGUCGUCUGGACGUGGCCACAAACGACUGGACGGACGGCAUAUUUUCGGCUCUAUGGCGUAAAACGUUGAAGUUGAAGGAAGGAGAACACGUGUGGAUGGUCCUGGACGGGCCGGUCGACAGCAUUUGGAUUGAAAACUUGAACUCUGUCUUGGACGACAAUAAAACGUUGACGCUGGCGAACGGCGAUCGUUUAUCGAUGGCUCCUACCUGUAAGAUCAUCUUUGAACCGCACAACAUCGACAAUGCUAGCCCUGCGACGGUUUCCCGCAACGGCAUGGUCUACAUGAGCUCCUCCGGUCUCGAUUGGAAUCCUGUGGUGACUGCUUGGUUGAAAACAAGAACGAUUUUGGAGCAGGAGGUGUUUGAAGAAUGCUUCGCUAACUCGUUUGGGCAGAUCUAUUCCUGGAGUACGCAAACAAUGACGUUAACCAUCGACGUCCUGCAGUGCAAUAUCGUGCAACAGAUGCUGUGUCUUCUGGAAGGAUUAGUACCUGCUGAAACUGUAGAGGAGAAGGACGAGGAGGACGAAGAAACGGAAGAAGAGAAACGCCAGCCAAUGACGGCGGAUCACCUGAAACGUUUCUACGUGUUCACGUUGGUGUGGAGUAUAGGAGCCCUUUUAGAAACGCCCGACAGAGAAAAGUACGACUCGUACCUGCGCGGGAACUUCGAAAGUCUAGAUCUUCCGGUAUCCGAGAAGUACUCUAACGCGAAGGUGUUCGAUUUCUUUGUGACCGAGAAGGGCAAAUGGGACACGUGGAACAGCAUGGUAACCAACUACAUUUAUCCAGAGUACUCGUCGCCGGACUACAGUAACGUCUUAGUACCAAUACCUGACAACGUGAGGAUCCAGUAUCUGAUCGAUCUGAUAGGUCGCCAGGAUAAGGCCGUUUUGCUGAUAGGCGAACAAGGCUCGGCCAAGACGGUGAUGUUGAAGUCUUACAUGAAGAAAGCGAAUCCGGAGACCACGUUGAACAGGUCUUUCAACUUCAGCUCGGCCACGAGCCCGUAUCAGUUUCAAAAGACCAUCGAAAGUUACGUGGAGAAACGUCUGGGGAACACGUUCGGGCCGCCAGGAGGCAGGAAGAUGUUGAUCUUCAUCGACGAUAUAAACUUGCCGCAGAUAAACGAGUGGGGCGACCAGAUCACGAACGAAAUCGUGCGCCAGACGAUGGACAUGAAAGGAUUCUACUCGCUGGAGAAGCCUGGAGACUUCAGCAGCAUAGUGGACGUGACAUUUCUGGCCGCGAUGUGCCAACCUGGCGGAGGACGCAACGACAUUCCGUCCAGGCUGAAGAGGCAGUUCUGCAUCUUCAACUGCACGUUACCCGACGAACCAUCGAUCGAUCGGAUCUUCGGCGUACUCGGCGAGGGACACUACAACAUGAAAAGAGGAUUCUCGUCGGACGUCAGAAGUCUCGUGAAGAAACUGGUCCCAUUGACCAGGAUACUGUGGAAUCAAACCAGAACCAAUUUACUGCCGACACCGGCGAAGUUUCACUACGUGUUCAGUCUUCGGGAUUUGUCGAGGAUUUGGCAAGGCAUGGUUGGCACGUUGUCAACCGUCAUUGACAAGGAGAACGUGCUGAUGUUGCUGUGGAAGCACGAGUGCUGUCGCGUUUUCAGUGACAGAUUCACGAUACAGGCCGACAAGAAAUGGUUCCAAGAAGAACUGAUCCGAGUCACCAACGAAAUGCUGGGAGAAAGAUACGUGAGCAUGUUGGACCAGAAUCCUGCAUUCGUCGAUUUCAUGAGAGACGCCCCCGAGCCUACCGGCGAGGAAGGUGAAGAAGCCGACGUGGAAUUGCCGAAGGUGUACGAGCCAGUUUACGACGAUCAGAUACUAAGAGACAGAUUGGAGAUGUUCUUGUCGCAGUUCAACGAAAUGCAAAGGGGUUCGGGCAUGGAUCUGGUCUUCUUUCCAGACGCUAUGUUGCACUUGGUGAAAAUCUCGCGAGUCAUUAGACACCCGAAAGGGAACGUGAUGUUGGUCGGUGUCGGCGGAUCGGGCAAACAGAGCCUGACGAAGCUGUCUUCUUUCAUCGCAGGCUACAAGACCUAUCAGAUCACUUUGACGAGAUCGUACAACGUGGCGAACUUCUUAGAGGAUCUGAAAUACCUUUAUCGUACGUGCGGCGCCCAUGGUAAAGGGACCACGUUCAUAUUCACCGAUCUGGACAUCAAAGAGGAAGGUUUCUUAGAGUACUUGAACAACAUUCUCAGUUCCGGCGUCAUCAGCAACUUGUUCACGCGGGACGAGCAGCAAGAGAUCAUAUCCGAACUGACGCCGACAUUGAAACGCGAGAACCCGAAGCGAACGGUGAACAACGAGCUCGUGAUGGAGUUCUUCCUUCAAAGAACCUGUCACAAUCUGCACGUGGUCUUCUGCUUCUCCCCUGUCGGAGAAAAGUUCCGGAACCGUGCGCAACGUUUUCCCGCUCUGAUAUCAGGCUGCACGAUCGAUUGGUUCCAGCCGUGGCCCAAGGACGCUCUGAUCCUAGUAGCUAAACACUUUCUACACGACUUCGACAUCGCUUGCACCGACGCGGUGAAAGCUGAGCUGGUGAACGCGUUGGGCUCCAUACAAGACAUCGUCUCGAUGAAGUCCGCGGAAUACUUUCAAAGAUUCCGCAGAGCUACUCACGUCACUCCGAAAUCUUAUUUGAACUUCAUCGGGGGCUACAAGAACAUCUAUCACAGCAAGCAGCACGAACUCGGGGAGGGUGCUAAGAGGAUGGACACGGGCUUGGCGAAACUGGAGGAGGCCUCGAGAUCGGUCGAAAUCCUGAAAUGCGACCUCGCUGUGAUGGAACAGGAGCUGGUCCAAGCUUCCGAGAAGGCUGAAACGGUUCUGUUGGAGGUGACAGAGAGAGCGAUGCAGGCGGAAGCUUUCAAGAAUCAAGUGCAAAAGGUGAAGGAGAAAGCCGAGCAGUUGGUGGCUUGCAUAGCCGAGGAGAAAGCACUCGCCGAGCAGAAGCUAGAGGCUGCUAAGCCAGCACUGGAAGAAGCAGAGGCAGCUCUGAACACGAUCAAGCCUGCCCACAUAGCUACCGUCCGAAAAUUGGGCAGACCGCCGCAUCUGAUCAUGAGGAUCAUGGACUGCGUGCUGAUCCUGUUUCAGCGCAAGAUCGGCUCCGUCGUGCCAGACAAUACCGCCCUCUGCCCGAAACCAUCCUGGGCGGAAUCCUUGAAGCUGAUGGCUAGCACGACUUUCCUUCUUCAGCUGCAAAAUUAUCCGAAGGACAUAAUCAACAACGAGAUGGUCGAAUUGCUGCAGCCUUACUUCAAAAUGGAGGACUAUAACAUGGAGACUGCGCGACGGGUUUGCGGAGACGUGGCAGGCUUACUGUCCUGGACAAAGGCCAUGGCCUUCUUCCACUCUGUCAACAAAGAGGUCCUUCCACUGAAGGCUAACUUAGCCUUGCAGGAAGCCAGACUGAAAGUAGCGAUGGAGGACUUGGCUAACGCGGAGAGAGAGCUAUCGGAAAGAGAAAUGGCGUUGCAGGCGGUCAAAGAGCAGUACGAUUCGGCUGUUGCGGAGAAGCAAAGGCUGACAGACGCGGCGAACGUUUGCAUCAGGAAAAUGACAGCUGCUACUGCUCUGAUCAACGGACUCGGAGGCGAGAAGAUACGCUGGACCGAGCAAAGCAGCGAGUUUAAAGUUCAACUGGGACGAUUAGUGGGCGAUGUUCUGCUGGCCACUGGUUUCUUAUCUUACUGUGGACCUUACAAUCAGCAGUUCAGAGCAGGCUUGGUGUCCUCCUGGAUGAACACAUUGGCAACCAAGUCGAUUCCUUUCACCAAAAAUCUGAACAUCACGAACAUGCUGGUCGACAGCGCAACCAUGUCGGAGUGGACCCUCCAAGGGCUGCCAAACGAUGAACUGUCCGUACAGAACGCGCUAAUCGUGACCAAAUCAUCGUCCUAUCCUCUGUUGGUUGAUCCGCAAAACCAGGGGAAGAUGUGGAUUAAGAAUAAGGAAUGUAUGAACGAGCUACAGAUAACGUCUCUGAACCACAAAUACUUCAGGACGCAUCUCGAAGACAGCCUGUCUCUAGGCAGACCGUUGCUGAUAGAAGACAUAGCGGAGGAGCUAGAUCCGGUCCUCGAUAAUGUGUUGGAGAAAAAUUUCAUCAAAUCCGGCUCGAUCGAGAAAGUGAUCGUCGGUGACAAGGAGUGCGACGUGAUGCCUGGCUUCAUGCUGUACAUCACCACGAAGCUGCCGAAUCCAGCGUACAGUCCGGAAAUAUCGGCGAAGACGUCGAUCAUCGAUUUCACGGUCACCAUGCUGGGCUUGGAGGAUCAGUUGUUGGGUAGAGUGAUUUUAAUGGAGAAAGCAGACCUGGAGGCCGAGAGGGUGGCCCUUUUCGAGUCCGUGAUGACGAAUCAACGAUCGAUGAAGGAACUCGAGAGCACCCUGUUGCACCGGCUAACGUCGUCCGAAGGCAACUUGGUGGACGAUGAAGCGCUCAUCAACGUGCUCAGGGAGACUAAGACGACGGCGGAGUCCGUGAACGAGAAGCUGAAGGUCUCGGCGUUAACGAAGAAGAAGAUCACCUUGGCCCGAGAGGAAUUCCGCGCGGUCGCGUCUAGAGGCUCCAUCCUCUACUUCCUGAUCGUGGAGAUGAGUAACGUGAACGCGAUGUACCAGAACUCGUUGAGACAGUUCCUAACGAUAUUCGACAACUCGAUCACAAAGUCGACGAAGAGCCCGAUCACCAACGAACGAAUAAGCAUAAUCCUCCGCCACUUGACCUACGAGGUGUGGGCCUUCACGCUGCGGAGCCUGUACGAGAGACACAAAUCAUUAUUCACGUUGAUGCUAGCGAUGAAGAUAGAUUGCCACAGGGGUACGAUAUCUCACGCGGAGUUCAACGCGUUUAUAAAAGGCGGUGCGUCAUUGGACUUGAACGCCGUCGCCCCGAAGCCGUUCAAGUGGAUCCUUGACAUCACUUGGCUGAACCUCGUGGAGAUCAGCAAGCUGAAGACAUUUACGGACGUCUUGACCAAGAUUGAAUUCAGCGAGAGAGAGUGGCGGGUGUGGUACGAGAAAGAGAAGCCCGAGGAGGAGGAACUUCCCUGCGGAUAUCAGAAGAAGCUGGAUGUCUUCAGGAAGCUGCUUUUAAUUAGAUCGUGGAGUCCGGAUAGGACCUUGUCCCAGGCGAGGAAGUACGUGGUCGAAUCCCUGGGAAAGGAGUACGGAGAGGCCAAGAUCCUGGACUUGGAAGCCACUUGGUUGGAAUCGGAAGUCAGGACUCCGCUUAUAUGCAUAUUAUCGAUUGGGUCCGAUCCUAGUCCUCAGAUAACGAUACUGGCGAAACAGAAAUCCAUUCAACUCAGGUCAGUGUCCAUGGGUCAAGGUCAAGAAUUUCACGCGCGCAGAUUGAUCUCGGACGCCAUGAACACCGGCGGUUGGGUGCUGCUGCAGAACAUUCAUUUGUCGCUACCGUUCUGCACGGAAGUUAUGGACGCCCUCGUGGAAACGGAAUCGGUGCACGAGGUGUUCAGACUUUGGAUGACCACCGAAGUGCACGCUCAAUUUCCUAUCGGUUUAUUACAGAUGGCGAUCAAAUUCACAAACGAGCCACCGCAAGGUAUCAGAGCCAGUUUGAAGAGAACAUACCAAGCUGUGACGCAGGAUACAUUGGAUUAUAGUACACAAUCGCAAUGGCCACCUUUACUGUACGCGGUAGCGUUCCUGCACACGGUUGUUCAAGAACGCAGGAAAUUCGGACCCCUUGGCUGGAAUAUUCCGUAUGAAUUUAAUCAGGCUGAUUUCGCGGCCUCGGUUCAAUUCAUACAGAAUCAUUUAGAUGACAUGGACCCAAAGAGGGGGGUGUCGUGGCCAACUGUCUGCUACAUGCUUGGAGAGGUCCAAUAUGGAGGCAGAGUCACCGACGACUUCGACAAACGGUUAUUGACCACGUUUACGCACGUCUGGUUCUGCGAUGUACUGUUACGUCCCGGUUUCGAAUUCUAUCGUGGAUACAAGCUACCACAGACUAGAAAUCUUCAAGGAUACAUAGAUUACAUCGACGCGUUGCCUGCUACGGACACUCCGGAGGUAUUCGGAUUACAUCCAAACGCGGACAUCACCUAUCAAAUAAAUACGGCGAAAGGGAUACUGGACACAAUUCUAAGCGUCCAGCCGAAGGAAGGAGGCUCGCAGGGUGGCGAAACAAGGGAGAACGUUGUCUACAAAUUAGCUAGCGACAUGUUGGCCAAGCUACCGAAACAGUAUAACGCUUUCGAAGUGAAAGAAGCGCUUCAACGAAUGGGAGCUUUGUUGCCGAUGAAUAUAUUCUUGAGACAAGAAGUCGACAGAAUUACGAGAGUGAUAAAAGAAGUGCGCAGCACAUUGACGAACCUGAAACUAGCGAUCGAAGGUACCAUCGUAAUGAGCCAAGGAUUACGAAAAUCUCUCGACGCUAUGUACGAUGCGCGUAUACCGGAAAGAUGGCUGAAGAUAUCCUGGGAAUCAGCAACCCUCGGAUUCUGGUACACCGAACUUCUAGAGAGAGACUACCAAUUUAGACAAUGGUGCAUUCACGGCAGACCUAAAGUUUUCUGGAUGACCGGCUUCUUCAACCCCCAAGGAUUUUUAACUGCUAUGCGACAAGAGGUAACUCGAGCACACAAAGGAUGGGCCCUGGAUUCCGUGGUGUUGCAAAAUUUGAUUACAAGGUUCAAUAAGGAAGACAUUAGGAAUCAGCCCCAGGAGGGGGUCUACGUUCAUGGUCUAUUCCUGGAAGGUGCCUCGCUCGAUCGUAAAACGGGCAAGUUGGUGGAAAGUAAACCGAAGGUCCUAUACGAGCAGAUGCCUGUGAUUUACAUUUACGCGAUAAACACAACUGCGGGCAAGGAUCCAAAGCUUUACGAGUGUCCUAUAUAUAGGAAACCGCAGAGAACAGAUACAAAGUAUAUAGGAUCGAUCGAUUUCGAAACCGACCAUAAUCCUCGACACUGGACGUUACGGGGCGUAGCGCUUUUAUGUGACAUCAAAUAAAAUACUCCAGAAACGA